UCCGCUCCGAAAGCCUCCUCCUCUGAGUCAGUCUUGUGCUCCAAUACUGUCUCUUUCUUCAACUGGGUCGUUGCUUAUUCUAGCAUUGACUGAGUAGAACUAAGGGCGAACCAUACAAUGGUCAAUUUCAGAAUCGGGGGCUCCGGAAAAUCUGAUUACUGUUUAGGUGUUCUCGCGCCGAUGACCUGUGUGAACCACUCUAGCGUGACUCUUCUGCAAGAUUAUUCCAUUGUUUGAAUGUCAGGAGAGAUGAAAUAAUGGUUCGUCAAACUGAUUUAGUCGCCUUUGGGGUCUCUGCUGGUUUGGCCUUUGGAAUUUUGAUAGCUUGUCUCAUAUGUUUGGUCAUUAAUUGGUAUAAGAAGCGCGCUCAUCUUAGACGGUGUGCAAAUGAGCGCAGUCUAACAACACUUCCAAUACGCACAAAUGGAUUAGAAACCAGCACCGACUUUAGUGCUUCUCUUUCUAGUUCCAUAGCUGCUCCAGUGUCAGAAAAUCUUCAGAAAGAUUCCCAUUUCUCUUGGUGGAAACGUCCAAAUAAAGAUCAGUUUACAUCCUCAUCAGGCAUUCUUAGAUACUCAUUCAAAGAAAUUCAAAAGGCAACACUAAAUUUCACAACUAUCUUGGGACAAGGAUCAUUUGGCACAGUUCAUAAAGCAACAAUGGCAACUGGCGAGGUGGUAGCUGUGAAGGUUCUUGGUUCUGAUUCCAAACAAGGGGAGAAAGAAUUCCAAACAGAGGUACUUUUGCUAGGAAGACUGCAUCAUCGGAAUCUUGUAAAUUUGUUAGGAUAUUGUGUAGAUAAAGGACAACGUAUCUUGAUUUAUGAGUUCAUGGGCAAUGGAAGUCUAGAAAGGCUUAUACAUGGUGAAGAGAAGGUUUUAAGUUGGGAUGAAAGGCUGCAAAUUUCUGCUGAUAUUUCACAUGGAAUUGAAUACCUUCAUGAAGGAGCAGUCCCACCCGUCAUACACCGUGAUUUGAAAUCUGCCAAUAUAUUGUUAGAUCACUCAAUGCGGGCUAAGGUGGCUGAUUUUGGGCUUUCGAAGGAGGAAAUCUUUGAUGGGCGAACUUCUGGCUUGAAAGGUACACAUGGCUACAUGGACCCGUCAUACAUUUCCACUAACAAGUUCACAAUGAAAAGUGACAUUUACAGUCUGGGUAUCAUCAUUUUUGAGCUCAUCACUGCCAUUCACCCUCAACAGAAUUUGAUGGAAUACAUUAACCUUGCUGCAAUGGAUCAUGAUGGUGUAGAUGGAAUAAUUGACAAGAAACUGGUGGGAAAAUGCAACAUUGAAGAAGUGAGGAAGCUUGCUAAGAUUGGACACAAGUGCCUGCACAAAUCACCAAGGAAGCGUCCUUCAAUUGGUGAGGUUUCACAGGCUAUAUCCAGCAUAAGACAGAGACGCCUUUUAAAAGAAAGACCAUGUCACUUGCUAGCUCUAGCUUUUCGAGAGCUUUGAGCCGAAUUGAGGAUCAACAGGUUGAGUUAAGUAGGAUAGCCACCAUGGCCCACUAGUCGAAUGGGUGUGAACACAGAUAGAAAGGAACAAACGGUGAUGGUCUUAGUAGAAUGGAUUAUAAUUGCUUAAACACAGGGUUUAAGGUCUCGUAUUUGAAUUUGUGACUACAAAGAAAACAAAAACAUUUCUAAGAGUUAUUUUCAGUUGGGUUUGAUAAUGUUAAAAUCUAUUUUAAUAAAGAGAUAUUAAGGGCU